UAUAUCUCGCCGCCAAUGGCCACCUUUACGGCGGGUCUAUGAGAAAGGCAGGGCCGAGCCGGAGCCGAGCAGUGUUCCAGUAUCACCCAUGUUGUGUGACACAGUGAGUUGCGCCCCAGUGCAAGUGGAGUUCAUUGUAUGUUGAACACAACCGAUCGAUAAAUUCACAUUACUUCCGAAAUAAACGUUUUUGUGUGCUUUUAAGAACUAUGGGCUCAAAUCGAGUGUUUUAACCCGGGACACUUCCGAGUACCAGCAGUUGGUCCAAGAGUGGUCUACGACAGCCACAUGCUAAAACUGCGGCUGGUUUCCACUCAUUUCCUUAAACAACCAUAAAUUUGCGAUGUGUCGAGAUAGGGAUAUGAACCCUUAAGUCAGAUCAUUGCCCUACUAGUGCAUGCAGUAUUCUUCAUAAGUCAUUACAAAUCUAGUUUUAACUUUAACAUAUUUUGUAAAGUACAAUUUUCUGUUCUGCGAAGUUUGUGUUUUCAUCAAAGUGCUAUCACCCACGAGCCGAGACAAUGAAAGGUCCUUCCCGGAAAGAAGAAUCCCAGAAGUCCGGACCGAAAGAAUUCGUCAAGAAGAAACCAAAUUCAAUCCCGACAAGUUUCGACGAAGCGAAAGCUUCGUGCAAAGCCCGGAAACGGAAAGAACGCCAAGAAAGCAUCAGCUCGCUGUGUCAAGAGCGCAAAGUUAUUCGCUCAAAUUCAGAAGAAAGACCGACUCAGAAGAAAUAUUUCGAAAAUAAGACGAUCCGAAGAGUUUCAAGUAGUGAAGAUUUCCAAAAGUCUGACCCCAAAAAUGCGACUUUGACUCAAUUCAUUGAACGCAACGCUUCCCCGAAUCGACAAAACUCCGAUAUUAUUCUCAUAUACGACGAGGAUUGUGAGCACGAGAAGAGGAGGUCGCACGAGAGAUUCUCCAAGCCUCUARCACUGAAGAAAAAGUCGCACAAAAGUAGAAGACCUAAAGCGCGGUGUUURYCCAAACCGAAAUUCAAGCCAGAGAUAACAUAUGAAAAAGAGGAAGUGAAGAACGACUCCACCGAGGAGAUCUGCGUGGAGUCUUUUCUUCAAUUGCACAGGGGAGAGAAGGAGAGGUCUCCAAGUCCGGUCCGCCAGUUUUCCCCCGAUUUGGAUCUGACGACUCUUCAUGAACAGGUCGAUUGUUCCGAACCCCUCCUCUCGUGUGCUAACCACCAAAUCGAUGAAGACACGGAAACGCUUCCGGGGUUGUCGGUUGCGUCAAAUCGGUUAUUAUCUUCGCCACGUAAUUCGAUAAUAGCYACACACAGGAUUUACCUAGACCCCGAUGUACAAGUCAAUUUUGGGUUAGAGAAUAAGACGCAAAAUCCAUUGGAGUUGAAGUUGCAGAAGAUAACCAAGCAGAUUAACAGUACGAAGAAAAAGAUUAAGAAGUUUGAAAGCGAAUUUGAGGCCAAACAUGGGUAUAAGGUCUCGCAUGUGGAUAAAUUGAACGACAGGAAUAUAAGRCAAUUGUAUUUGGAGUUGAGCAAGYUGAAGAAGGAGCAGAAGCAGUUGUUUGAUGUUUGUCCGAAUGCUGCGCCUGAAGAAGAAAGGGAGAAAGGGCCGCAGGGUAUUCCUAGGAAUCUCCAAGACACGCUCAACGAUAUCGAAAGGAGACUGACCCAGAAGCGCGAAACUGCGAAGCGCUCGAGCAAUCUGGAAGAAAUGUCGAACGAAGAACUAAUCAAUGAAAAAAUCGCAGUCCAAAAAGCCCUUCUUUAUCUGGAAUCAAUCCACGGUCGUCCUGAUAACAAAGAUGACCGGAAUCUGGCGCGUCCCAUUUACGACAGGUAUCGAAUUUUGAAACGAAUGAUUGGAAAAAUCCAGGCGAACCYAUCAGGAAACGAACUGGCAACCAUCCAUGAGGAUGAAACAAUGAAUUUUAUCCCGUCUUUCACCCCCCAAGUGAGCGAAAUCGAUUCAGAGAAAUCGUCGGUGAUGACGAGCACCGACAGUAGCGACACCGAUACCUCCAUCAGCGAAAAUCUCCACUCUUUGACAAAAUUUGAACUGAUUGAACAACAUCGAAUCGUAUCCGAGGAAAAAAAGGAUUUGAGACGGGCUAUCAAAAUGUUUGAGAUUGAAAUCCAACACAAAACUGGCCGAAUGGUGCAGAAGGAAGAUAAGUUACCGAUCGAACACGUUUACCUAGCUUACAAAAAAGUCAAAGCUAAGCUCAAGUUGCUCGAUGCUUUAGUCGGCAAGCAACUUUAAGCGCAUUAAAUUUUUAAUAUGUAUUAAUGUUUGGAGCUAUCAAGUUGGUAGAAGUUGUUUUAUUCAUAUUAUAUGUGCUGUUACUAUUUUAUAUCGUUAAGUAUUUUUUUAUUUAUAGUUUGAGUAGGGACGUAGACAGCCAAUAAACUGUACCACAAAAUAA